UUCAAAAGAAGGGGAUCUUACUAUAGGAGGAGUUUUUUCUCUGACUAGUACUCGCACAGUGAUAGAUAAUGGCUAUCAUGCAUUUCCAUAUACAUACUGCACAAAGUGGAAUUCCAGGGAAUUGAAAUUUGCCCGGACAAUGAUUUUUACUGUGGAAGAGAUUAACAGAGAUACUAAACUUCUCCCCGGAGUUAGUCUGGGUUAUAGUCUGUACAACGGCUGUGGGAGUGAAAACCUGAUACGAGCAGCUGUAGAAGCUGUGAAUGGAGAGGAUUCAAAGGGCUGCAGUGGUCGUGUCCAGGCUCUCAUAGGCCAUUCAUCCUCUGGAGUGAGUGAAGACAUAAAUGUCAUACUAAGUGCGCUAUCCAUUCCACAGGUAAGCCAUCUUUCAACCUGUGCUUGUUUGAGUGACAAAAGACUGUACCCCACGUUCUUCAGAACUGUGCCAAGUGACCGCUUCCAAAUCAUCGGCCUGGUGCAGCUUAUGAAAUACUUUGAUUGGCGCUGGGUGGGGAUUAUUUACUCUCGAGGUUUGUACUCAAAAACAGGUACAGCUGAAUUCACUAAGGAAGCAAAGAAAGAGGGCAUAUGUGUUGAAUACACAUUGCCUUUCUCUAAGACAUCUGAAGUCAAGUUGGCUGCUAUUGUAGAGACGCUAAGGGGAUCCUCGUCAAAGGUGAUCCUGUUGUUUUUGUCCUUGUCUUUCAACAAAUCGUUCCUGUCAAAAAUUGAGAAUUAUAACAUAACUGGAAAGCAGUGGCUUGGUGGUGAGUCUUGGAUAACACAAGUAGACCUGGCGUCUGUCAAGAGAAAGAACAUUUUACAGGGGGCAAUGGGCUUUGCCCUCCCUCAGGCAUCCAUACCAGGUCUUGCUGAAUUCUUACUCAGCUUUAAACCUUCGGAUGAACCACAGAGUGCAAUAAUUAAAGCUAUGUGGGAGAUGUUCUUUGACUGCAGCUUCUCUCCAUCAAAUACAUCGACUAUGUGCACUGGCACAGAGGAUCUGAGGACAGUCUCCAGUGACUACACAGACGUGACACAUUUCAGGGCUGAGAAUAAUGUGUACAAAGCUGUGUACUUGGUUGCAUAUGCCCUUCACGCUCUAUUGCAAUGUAAAAAUGGCUCAAAUCCCACCACGGGAAGGCCCUGUGUGAACAAGAAGGAAGUUCAGCCUGAGCUAGUGUUGGAACACAUUAAGCAUGUGAACUUCACGACACAGAACGGGGCUAAAGUUGUCUUUGAUGAAAAUGGAGACUCAGUUGCCCAGUAUGACUUAGUUAACUGGCAGAUAAAAGAAGAUGGCUCUGUGGACAUUGUAAAUAUUGGUCACUAUGAUACCUCUUUACCAAAGGGGGAAGAAUUAAAACUUAAAGACAACACCAACAUAGUUUGGGGAGGAAACAGGAAUCAGGUCCCAAGGUCUGUCUGCAGAGAACCAUGCCCACCAGGGACUCGUAAGGCCACAAACAAGUUUAAGCCUGUGUGCUGCUUUGACUGCUUUGAGUGCCCUGAGGGAACAAUAAGCAAUCAGUCAAAUUCCCCCGACUGUUUGAUCUGUCCUCCUGAAUUAUGGCCAAAUGAAAAGAAAGACAAGUGUCUUCCAAAACCGACUGAAUACCUUUCCUACAAAGAGAUCAUGGGAGCCCUUUUAACUGGAUUUGGCUGCGUUGGCGUAUUGUUAUCUCUUCUGACAGUAAUAAUUUUGUUUAUUCAUAAAGAGACUCCCAUUGUCAGAGCCAACAACUCUGAGCUGAGCUUCCUGCUGCUCUUCUCUUUGAAACUAUGUUUCUUGUGUUCUCUGACCUUCAUCGGCCGGCCCUCUGAGUGGUCCUGCAUGCUGCGACACACAGCAUUCGGCAUCACCUUUGUCCUCUGUAUCUCUUGUGUUCUGGGGAAAACUAUAGUGGUGUUGAUGGCCUUCAGGGCCACACUUCCAGGUAGUAGUGUGAUGAAAUGGUUCGGGCCUGCACAGCAGAGGCUCAGCGUCCUGGUUUUCACCCUCAUUCAAGUUGUGAUUUGUAUUCUUUGGCUGACAAUAAACCCUCCAUUCCCAAAGAAGAACAUGAAGUACUAUAAAGAUAAGAUAAUCUUAGAGUGUGCCCUGGGUUCAGCUGUUGGAUUCUGGGCUGUGUUGGGAUAUAUCGGACUUCUUGCUCUCUUGUGUUUUAUACUUGCUUUUCUUGCUAGAAAGUUGCCAGACAGCUUUAAUGAAGCUAAACUGAUCACCUUCAGCAUGCUGAUAUUCUCUGCAGUGUGGAUCACAUUUAUCCCAGCAUAUGUCAGCUCUCCUGGGAAGUUCACUGUGGCUGUGGAGAUAUUUGCCAUUCUGGCUUCUAGUUUUGGUUUGCUGGUGUGCAUUUUCUUCCCAAAAUGUUAUAUUAUUAUCUUCAGGCCAGAGCGAAACACAAAAAAACAUGUGAUGGGGAAAAUACCAGCAAUAACUCUUUAAUCUGUAUCUAAUAAAAGUGUCCUCCAAAACAAAUAUCCUUAGAGUAACAACAAAUAAACCAACACUAUUGCAUUGUAAGAUAUUGUAGAAACACAAGACAUUGAAAUUCACUUGUUGUGUUGUUUUGAUUAAAUUUAAUCCACUGA